AUGUCCGAAUUCGACUUGGUAGAGGUUGACUCCCUCGAAGCGCUGGUCAUCAUCGACAAUGACCUAGACCCGCUAUCAACAAUCGCCCCGGACACUGUUCAAGUAUCGGGUCACUUAGGCCAUCUUGCUACGAGCUCUCCUCAUAAAGUGAAUGACCGAGGAGACGCAUGUAAAGAGUUACGGAUGGAGGAUAUCUGCUGUUCUGCUCAUGGUUUGUCGAUUCUCGUGACAGCUACUAAAGGGGAUGUCAAGCAUUCUAUUCUCUUUGAUGCUGGUCCUGAGGAGGGUGCGUGGGAGAGGAAUGUCAGACGACUAAAGCCGGAUCUGUCCUCCGUAGAGGUGGUGCAGUUAUCGCAUUGGCAUCGGGAUCAUUCAGGCGGCCUUCUCCGGGCUAUUCGCAUGAUUAAUGAUGCAAAACAACACAAGGGCAUAUCUAAUAAGCUUGUGCUGGACUUGCAUCCUGAUCGUCCUGACUACCGUGGAUUGGCAAUCGGGCACAAGAUCAUAUCGCUUCAGGCUGACCCCAGUUUUGAGGAGGUUGAAUCUGUCGGAGGUGCUAUUGACAAGAAUGAUAAAACGCAUACAGUACUUGACAACUUCUUUCUGAUAUCGGGAGAGAUCCCUCGACGAACACCAUACGAACAUGGACUGAAACACGCGAUGCGGUUUGACCGGGAAGAGAACGACUGGUUCUCUGAUGAAGCCAUUGCUGACGAACGGUUUCUUUUGUGCAAUCUCAGAGACAAAGGAAUCGUCGUCUUCACUGGUUGCAGCCAUGCGGGAGUAGUCAACACAACAAAACAUGCAGUCGAUCUUUUGGAUAAUUCCGUCCCCCUUCAUGCUGUCAUUGGAGGCUUUCAUCUUGCCACAAGUGAGCAAGACCAAAUGGAAAGCACAGUCAAGGACUUGAAGAGACUCGAUCCAGCUGUUCUCCUGCCAGGUCAUUGUUCAGGUUGGAGGGCCAAGUUCGCUAUUGAGAAGCAUAUGCCCGGGACACUUGUGCCUUGCUCCGUGGGUAUUAAGAUAACAUUCUAA